AUGCCGCUGCCGCCGGCGCUGAAGGAGGCCGGGCGCAGGGCCCCGCGGGAGCGCGCCGGGAAGGACGCGCAGGGCGCAGGGCCCCGUCAGAAGCGCGGCAAAGGGGCGCCCGCAAGGGCGCCCCCCAGGCCUGGCUGGGCCCUGUCGGUGGAGGCGCUGGCGGCCAUGCACCCCACGCAGUGCCACCGCCACCUGCUCUUCGGGGACGUGCUUGAGGACGUGGGCAUGGCCGCCUCCAUCCUCCCGCGCGAGUCGGUGGAGCUGGGGUACAGCAUGCCCGACCCGCAGGCGUGGACGCAGGCACUCGAGCCGCCUGCGGCGCGCCAGGACCGGCUGCUCGGCGCCCUCAAGGCAGCCGAGGCCCGCGGACGAGUCCGUGCCUUGCGGCUGCGCUACACCCGCAUGCGGGCGGAGGAGAUCUCGCUGCUCAUCCAGCGGCAGAAGUCCGCGCGCGCCGCCAUCCGGCUGGAGCUGUUCCUGCCGCCGCAGCUGAGGCCCACGCGCAUCCCGGACCCCCUGGACCGCCAAGAGCGGAGGCGCGUGGAGACCAUCCUGGAAGAGAAAGUCGACGGCAGCAGUUUCCUGCGCUGA